UAUUAGGUGUCCGCCACCGUCCAGCGUCCACCUUCUCCUUUCUCCUUUCUCCUUUCUCCUCGCUCUUCUUCUUGUGAUGAUCUCUGCGGAAACGAACUGCUUCACGUCGCUCCACCGGAAAGUCCAGAGCGAUCGCGGUGGCAGGAAUCCAUGGACCCUGAUCUCUACAGAGCCGCGCGGUCCGGGGACGCCUCGUUCCUGGAGGGGAUGGACGGCAGCUCCACCCUGCUCUCGCAGGUGACCCCGAAGCAGAGCACCAUCCUCCACGUCGCGGCCGAGUUCGGGCGAGCCGACUUCUUCAGAGCAGCCACGAGGCUCUGCCCAUCGCUCUUCGACAGGACCAACUCGAAGCAGGAGACCCCGCUUCAGGUGGCGGCCAAAGUGGGUUGCUCCCAGCUGGUUGACUUCGCCGUUGACCACGCCAGGAGGGCGUACGCGGAUCUUGAGAGCCAGGACGGGCGCGACGGGGGGCUCAAGAAAUUGCUCCGGAUGGUCAAUUUGGAGGGCGACAACGCGUUGCACUUGGCCGUGCGGAACGGGCAUUGCUUUGUGGUGAAGUCGCUGGUGGAGGCCGACGCUGGGCUCUUGGACUGCGUGAACUGCGCUGGGGAAUCGCCCUUUUACAUCGCCACGGCGAAGGAGCAUAGCAAGAUCGCCAAGCUGAUACUGCGCCACUCCGAGAGUUGCUUGUCUAAAGGCCCUAAUGGAAUGACUGCUCUGCACGCUGCUCUGUAUUAUCAGCUCAAUGGCAUUAUGAAGAAGAUUGUAAAGGAAAGAGCAGACAUGAUACAAGAAGGAGAUGCCCUCGGCUGGACUCCUCUUCAUUAUGCUGCUCACUUUGGCAAUGUCCACGCAAUUAAAUUGUUCUUAGAGUACAAAAGUUCAGCAGCUUACAUCCCAGGCAAGGAUGAAGAAUCGGCCCUCCACAUUGCGGCAUUUGGAGGCCGCACCUCUGUCAUGGAAGAGGUCCUAAGAUAUUGUCCUGACACUUGCGACUUGCUAGACAACAAGGGAAGAACUGCUCUCCAUGCUGCUGUUUUAGGAGGGCAAGAGAAGGCCGUUCGGUUCAUUUUGGGGCUCCCAAAUCUUGUGGGCCUUGUGAACGAGGCAGAUGAAGAUGGGAACACGCCUUUGCAUCUGGCUGCCAUGUACAGAAAGUACAGCAUCAUAGCGAUCCUUGCUCGGGACAGCCGAGUAAACAUAAAAGCCACGAACAAGAAGAACUUGACGGCCCUUGGCAUUUAUAGGAAAUAUCAAGAGAGUGGUUUUGCAGCUGCAAAGGUUUAUUUCAUGUUGAAAGAGACCUACGGUGUACAAGACAUGCAAGCCUGGGUCGACACCAAUGUAAAGAAGAUGCUUAAUCGAGGACCCGAUGAAAUAGUCCCGACUGAGAACUUCAGCCACAGAGAGACCUCUUCUCAUCAAAAAGGCAACAUGCUGGAGAUCCACCUCCUCGUGGCGAUGCUCAUAGCCACAGUCACUUUUGCAGCUGCCUUCACGAUGCCCGGCGGCUACCACAAUAACGGACCGGACGAGGGGAUGGCCAGUCUCACCUCGAAUCUGGCUUUCAAAGCAUUCGUGAUCUUUGAUACUAUGGCGUUCUGCUGCUCAGUUGCCGCCGUGUACCUCCAGUUCGGGACUUCUGGCGGGGGCUACUAUGAGCGAGCCCGGUUUAUAAAGGCCGCCAUGGUGUUCAUCUUCAUUGCGAUACUCGGGAUGGUAUUAGCAUUCGCAUCGGCAAUGUAUGUAGUGCUGGCCAAGAGCAUUGGCCUCGGAUUGACAGCUUACUUAACGGCUGGGUGCUUUAUUGGGACAUUCUUUCUCCGGUGGUUCGUGGAUCCAUUAGGGAAGCCAGAUCUAGGAUUACGCCCAUUGAAGAAGUAUCUACGGAACUUGCUCUUCCGGUACGGAAUAAUCUAAUCAGCACGCGUGUAAUCCAUGUUACACUUCUUAGUCUGUAAUUAUCUUUGCUAGGAUGAUAUGAAUUGUGUAAACUAUUGUUGGAAUAUGCAAACAAAUGUGCCUUAUUCUUUUGAUAUUUAGCAUACCACGUUAUGUGUAUAAAAAGAGAAACGGAAAUAUGAAUGUACGUUCUACCCUU